AUGUUCCAAGCACAGGCACGGCGUAAACCUAUCAAAUUCAAUCCCCAGUCAUACGGGGUUCCCAUUUGUGGAUCACUUCACUGUGGUGAUCGUAUACUUGCUAUCGAUCAUAUCAUUUUGGAUUCAUGUACAGUUGAGGAAGCAAUGCGACUAUUGCAAAGAUCCAGUGAAAUCGUCAAACUACGAGUUCGUAAGGCUGGUGCGCCAGAACAGAAUAGCGAGGAUGCAGUGAAGACACUUAUUUAUUCGAUAGAAUUAAGUCGAAAAGGAGGACCACUGGGAAUAACGAUUGCAUCCAGCGGAGAGCGUAACGAAGCAGUUUUGAUAUCGCAUCUUACUCCUGGCGGACUUGCUGAAAGGACAGGUGCGCUGCGUGUUGGAGAUCACAUCCUGGCAGUGAAUAACGAAUCAGUGGAAGGAAUGAAAGCUGCUGAUGUUAUGUACCUUUUGCAAAAAAGCACUGAUUAUGUCACUAUCAAAAUACUACGAAAUUUUGAUUCGUUUCCUGCUCCCGGUCUCUGGCAGAGUUCACCUCAGACGGAUAAGACUCGCUUGCACCAUUCAGCAGCGAUGUCUGAUUGUUACAGCGAAAUUUCAGAUAAGCUCGGAACUCCAGUUCAAAGCACUGACAGCGCUGUGGAAAGCCUAGACGAUUCUGCGGGAAAUAUAGCGAAAUUUUCAAAUGUCACGCACUAUGUAUUUGAUGAGCAACUUGCCAACACUUCACUCAAUUACGGUUCAUACAAUUCGGAUCAAGCACUGUGGGGAAACGAUUUAAGCCGAAUAAAUGAAUGCGCCCCUCGUAAACGCUGCAAUUGCCACAGAAACGCAGAAUUCGAACAAGACAGCUGGGUGAAAAUACUCGAGGCGCUUGAAACGGUUGGCGAGGCAGAAAUGCUCCAGAAAUUGGAGGAAUGCACAGUUGGCAGCGUGUCGGCUGUGUAUGGGCAUGGAAGCCCAUUGAUAGCAAGCCAUCACGAAGCUGCAAUUGCUCAGCGCAUCGAUUUAAGGCUACCACUCGCUAACAGUGUUGGCAGGCAAUCGCAUCGUUUCAGUUCAUCAGCUGGAAGCGCUUUAGUGCGUGGAUCGUUGUCACCUUCCGUUAAGCCAAACUUUUCGGAAAUCAAAGCACAAAAGACGCGAUAUUCGAGCACUGAUAUAAUGGAUUCGUCUAGCCUUUCAAAUGAUUCGCAAACAAGUGCAUCGCUAGGCGAUAUACCUUAUCAGAUUGCCCCGCCGAAGCCACCUCGUUUUGGCGCGUUGGGAAGCCAAGCCCUUCUCGUUUUAUCGGAGCCUUUGAAUGGCAAUAUUUCCGAAUGCCUGUCACAGUGUUCGACUAACGAAUUGCAAAGGGAUCCACGAACAAAUAGUUUUGGAUUCAGCGUAUCGGACGGCGUUGGCAGCAAUCCAGGGGUUUUCAUAAAUGCAAUACUACCGGGUGGCGCAGCAGACCUGUGUGGCCAGAUUUUACCGUAUGAUAAAAUUUUGCAGGCUCGUUAUUUUAAUUCACAUGCCCUUUAUCUCUUGUUACUUUCAAAACAGUUCCUUUUAGCCUAUGCGGACAGUGCUCCAGAUUUCAUUUUUCCCCUUGAUAUUUCACUUGCCUUUGGUGUAGCCUUGUACCUUGUCAUUUUUGACAUCAACAAGGUGAAUGGUACGUCGUUGCAGUAUCUGGACUGUGACUUGGCUCUUCCGUUGAUGAACGUUGCCGAAAUUGAGAUGCUUUUGUACAGGGAACCAGUUUCAUCAAACGCCUGUGAUGAUGAAGCAGACUGUAGAAGUAGUGUCAAUUUGAGCUUGCACGAUUCUGCUGUUUAA